UGAUGGAGUACUGUGGCGCCGGUUCGGUCACAGAUCUGGUGAAGAAAACCAAAGGGAACUGUCUGAAGGAGGACUGGAUCUCGUACAUCUGCAGGGAGGUGCUCAGGGGUCUGUCCCACCUCCACUCGCACCACGUCAUCCACAGAGACAUCAAGGGUCAGAACGUGCUGCUGACGGAGAACGCGGAGGUCAAGCUCGUGGACUUUGGCGUGUCGGCUCAGUUGGACCGGACCGUGGGCAGGAGGAACACGUUUAUUGGGACUCCGUAUUGGAUGGCUCCAGAGGUCAUCGCCUGCGACGAGAACCCAGAGGCCACGUACGACUACAGGAGUGACCUGUGGUCUUUGGGCAUCACUGCUCUGGAGAUGGCAGAAGGAGCUCCUCCUCUGUGUGACAUGCACCCAAUGAGAGCUCUGUUCCUCAUCCCCCGAAACCCUCCCCCCAAACUCAAGUCCAAGAAAUGGUCAAAGCGUUUCCUCUCGUUCGUGGACGGCUGUCUGGUGAAAAACCACCUGCACCGUCCGACCACAGACGCCCUGCUGAGACACGCCUUCAUCCGAGACCUGACCAACGAGAGGCAGGUCCGCAUCAUGCUCAAGGACCACCUGGACCGCACCCGCAAGAAGAGGGAGAAAGAGGGUCCGGAGUACGAGUACAGCGGCAGUGAGGACGAGGAAGACGAGGUCACGGAGGAGGAAGGAGAGCCCAGCUCCAUCGUGAACGUUCCCGGGGAGUGGACGUUAAGGAGAGAGUUCCUCCGGCUGCAGACGGAAGACAGGAACAGAGGAGGAGACGCCCCGGGGCAGAUACGACCGCAGGUGCAGAGACAGGAGCAGGAGAGAUACAAACAGCAGCUGGCCUCAGAGAAAGAGAGACGACUCCAGCAGCAACAGGAGCAAAGACACCGGAUACAAGAGCAGCAGAGGCGGCAGCUCCAGGAGUCGGGCUUCCAGUGGGCGGAGCUACAGGAGAUCCUGCUCCAGGACCAAGACCCGGGACCGAACCAGAACCAGAACCGGACGGAACCCAAACCGGACCAGCUGAACCGCGGUGACUGGAGACAGGACAGAGACAGAGACAGACAGAGGAGCGGAGACGUUCUGGUGAAACCGCUCGACUCUGCGCACGAACAGAGAUGCGCCCCGCUCCAGCCUAAGCUCCAGCCUCCUCCCCAGGGCAAAGCUCAGGCCGUGCCCCAGCACCAGCAGCCUUCGGCGGGCAGACGCUCCCACCGCACCCUGCCCAAGGACCAGACCACGCUGCUCUCCCUGCAACACGACCACAAGGACCGGGCCAGGGACCAGAGCCGGGCCAGGGACCAGACCAGGGACCAGGCCAGGGACGCGACCGGGGACCAGACCAGGGACCAGACUAGAGACACGACCAGGGACCAGACCAGAAACCAGACUAGAGACCAGACGCGGACUAAGGAUGUAGCGGCCGCUGCUGUGCCCAGCGCUCCAGCUCUGCCUGUGGCUCGCUCUCUGAACCAGCAGCGCUUCGUGAUGGACCUGCAGGACUCCCCUCUGGCCCGGGCCAUCAUGUCCUCCGCUCUGCCCAGUCAGGUCCACACGAGGCUCGGGUCGGGGAGCAGCUCCAGUCCCUGUACUCCCGCCAUGCAGAGAGCUCACCUCAGCCAGAACGUGAACCUUCUGUCGAGCCGAGACUCCGCCCACAGCAGCUCUCUGUCCGACAUGGCCCUAUCUCUCUCCCCCCUGUCUCCAUUCACUCCUCGCUCGCCCUCUGACGACGUGUUCUGGGACCCCCCCGAGACCCCGCCCAAGGUCCCAGAGAGAACUACCUCAAAGUUUUACUGCAAAGAACUGAUCAAGAGACACAACCGGACGCCCUCCAGCGGCAGCCCCGUGUCACUGGUCGACCACAGCGGCAGGCCUCAUGGGAGUCCUUCACUGAACAACAAUCACCCAGGAUACUUCCUUCUGGAGAGUCCUCUGUUACAGCACAGACCUCAGAACCUCAGGCCGUCACACCACACACAGGGAUUAAAGUCGCCCCAGAGUCGCCUGAACAAAGCCACAGAAUAUUCUUCGUCCAGCGAUGAAAUCUGCAGCAGCGACGAAGACGAGAGGAGCAGACCCGGUUUGUCGAACGGAAAAGGGAAGUAUCUGAAAGGCGUCCCCAAUGGCCUCAAACUGCAGCUGCCACACAACCUGAACCAGCUCUCCCCUCCGCUCUCCCACAAAAUGCCCCGGGUGACCUCAGACGACCCCACCUACAUGCUCCCUGACCUCCUGCAGAAGACCUCGUCCAGCCCGACCCACAUUGCCCCGGGGCAGAGAGGAAUGAGCUACUGUCAGUCUCCCACGGCAACACGGUCCCCGACGCACCGCGACCAAGGCGAGAUCCAGAGUGCAGGUUCUUCCUCUUCGUUCCUGUCCUUCAUCGACCCCAGACUUCUCCACAUCUCCACCCCUCCGCACAGCCCCACGGGCGUUAAAGGGGAGGGCGUGAGGAGAGAGGGACACAGAAAAGGCUCCAUCGUCAACGUGAACCCGACGAAUACCAAACCUCAGAGUGACACGCCGGAAAUCAGGAAAUACAAGAAGAAAUUCAACACCGAGAUCCUGUGUGCCGGAUUAUGGGGGGUGAACCUGCUGGUGGGGACAGAGAGCGGCCUGUGGCUCUUGGACAGGAGCGGACAGGGGAAAGUCUACUCUCUGAUCAGCAGAAGAAGGUUUCAGCAGAUGGACGUUCUGGAGGGACUCAACGUGCUCAUCACCAUCUCAGGUAAAAAGAACAAGCUGCGUCUGUAUUACCUGUCCUGGCUGAGGAAUAAGAUCCUCCAUAACGACCCCGAGGUGGAGAAGAGACAGGGCUGGAGCUCUGUGGGGGAUCUGGAGGGCUGCGGCCACUACAAAGUCGUCCGAUACGAGAAGAUCAAGUUCCUGGUGAUCGCGCUGAAGAACGCGGUGGAGGUUUAUGCCUGGGCCCCAAAACCGUACCACAAGUUCAUGGCCUUUAAGUCGUUCCGGUCUCUUCCUCACAGGCCUCUGUCCGUGGACCUGACGGUGGAGGAGGGUCAGAGGUUAAAGGUCAUCUACGGCUCCGUGUCCGGGUUCCACGCCAUCGACGUGGACUCGGGAACGCCCUACGACCUCUACCUGCCCACGCACAUCCCGGGCAGUAUCCGUCCUCACGCCAUCGUGCUGCUCCCUCAGACCGCGGGCACAGAGCUGCUGGUCUGUUAUGAAGAUGAAGGAGUUUACAUCGACACUUUUGGGAGAAUCACCAAAGACACGGUUCUGCAGUGGGGAGAGAUGCCGGCCUCUGUGGCGUACCUGCAGAGUAACCAGGUGAUGGGCUGGGGGGAGAAGGCCAUCGAGCUGCGUUCUGCCAACACUGGGAGUCUGGAGGGAGUCUUCAUGCACAAAAAGGCCCAGAAACUCAAGUUCCUCUGUGAGAGAAACGACAAGGUUUUCUUUGCGUCGGUCCAGUCUGGAGGCAGCAGUCAGAUCUACUUCAUGACCCUGGGACACAACUCUCUCUUCAACUGGUGAUCUCCUCCUGAUUGUUCCUCUGUGUACUCCAUUAUAACGCACGGGAGGACCACAAUCUCACGUUAACCAUCCAGUCUGGAGACGUCAGAAACUCGUACACCUCUCUAAACCCUCCGCAUGAGACUGGAGACAACGGCAGGUUGAUCAUCAGCUGGUGAUCUCCUUCUCUACAUUCCUCUAUACUCCAUUAUAACGCACGGGAGGACCACAAUCUCACGUUAACCAUCCAGUCUGGAGACGUCAGAAACUCGUACACCUCUCCAAACCUCCGCAUGAGACAGGAGACAACGGCAGGUUGAUCAUCAGCUGGUGAUGUCGUUCUCUACAUUCCUCUAUACUCCAUUAUAACGCACGGGAGGACAAACAGCUCUUGUAAACAAGCCAGUCUGGAGACAACAGAAACUUGUACACCGCUCCAUAGGAAUACAACAGCUGGUGAACUCCUCUGUGUUCCUGUGUAUACUCCAUUAUAAAUCAUGGGAGGACAACAAACUCAUGCAAACCGCCCAAUCUGGAGACAACAGAAACUUGUGCACCGCUUUGAACCCCCACAUGAGACUGGAAACAAUAAGAAGUCCAUUCCAACUCUAUCCUCAGCUGGUAACGCUUUAUUUUCCAUAAAAUACCACGGGAGGAUCACAUUCUGCACAUAAACCAUCCGAUCUGGAGUCGAUACAAACCUGUACACGGCUCCAAACCUCCGUAAAAAUACAUGAGACCAGAGAGAGCAGCAGGUCCAUAUGAACUGGACACGAUAUGAUCUUGUACAGUUUCUUGUUGAUACUUUGCAGCUGACGUCAUCAACAUUCUCGAGGGGUGCGACGCUUUUUCUAGAGUUUUCAGACAAUCUUCAGGCCCGUUCAGACCGCGGCGUCAAAGGCGUCCAGUUGAUACGCAAAGUCUAAUGUGUGCGCGCGUCUUGAGGCGUCCUGCGUUUUUGCAGUGCAUCUUCGGGCGUCAGUGCGGCGCAGAUCUGGCGUUGACGGGGCGUGUCUUGAGUGUUCUGGCGUCCAGGGCGUCGACGUUAGAAGUUGAAAGCGGGAGCCCCAAAAGUUCACAGAGAAUAAAUAUGUAAGACACAAUCACCGAGCUGAUCACCAGGACUACACCAGGACUGGGCCAGGACUAGACCAGGACUAGACCAGGACUAGACCAGGACUAG